AACGUUAUGGACGAGGAACGAGGAGGAGCUACAACUCCGUUACUGCCGUCGACGGCAAUGUGGCUCAGCGUGGGCAUGUGCGCGUUGGUAGGAUUGCUCACAGCGAUCUACUAUGCGUCAUGUCGUAACGUCCGCCUUGCAUCUCCACCCGCCAGCGUUCAUGUCUCCACGAAAGCUGCUGUUGCUACGAUGGACGCGACCACAAAAUUUGAACUGUUUGUGUCGACUAGGGUGGCCCAGGCUCCCGUGGUGCUCUUUACGACUGGCGACGUCACUCCUGUGCUGGAGCUGUGCCGGCUCAACCAUGUGUCCGUGCAUCAUGUCAACCUCGACCGGGUGGCCGGAAAUCUCGCCAUCUCGCAGGUGCUGCAACGUCGGUGCAAUCUGACGUCGCCGUUCCAAGAGCUGUUGUUUGUGAAUGCCACGUUCGUUGGCGACACGGCCACUGUCGUGUCCAUGGCCUCGACCGCCUUGGCUGCCCUGCUCUCCAUCGACCCGAGUACGUUUGUGGUCGGUGGUACUGCCGACGACGUGGUCUUGACCAUCGAUCCAUCGCUGCUGCAACGAGGACAUGCCACGUCAUUCAACGAUACGCUUCCUAACGACCCACAGUCAUUGCUGGCCUGGCACUUGGAUCCUGCCGAGGCCACCAGGUCGGUGCCACUGGCCCAUCGGCCUCGAGCGUCGAACCGCCAGCGAAGCCACCUGACCGCAUUCUCGGAACAAAAUCAAAACUUUGACACAAGUACUCAAUUGAGUUUGGUCCCGUGGGAGAUCCUCGACGCGAUCGUGUUCACGUCCGAGGGGUUUCUGACUCUGCCCCCUCAAGGCUUUGUGGAUGGAGCACAUCGCAACGGUGUGCGGGUGUUGGGGUCACUGACGUGGCACGCUGAUAGCGCAGCACAAAUCAACCAGCCCAACGACUUUUGCGACUGGCAGAGUUUAGCCCACAGGUUACAGACCGUUCAAUCUUUUACGGGCGUGGAUGGAUGGCACCUGGUCGGGCUCUCACACCAAGUCGCGGCAACGCUGCUACCCCUUCUAAGUUCCUCGUCUUAUGUUUUAUGGGCGUCGGAGAUCGUCUCGUCCUCUGUGACGACGUUGCUGCCGCUGACCCACGGUGUGCUUCUGCCAGCACCCGUCGACAAGUCGACUGUGGUCAAGCUGGCCAAAGCUGCCGGCGACCGCAGGUGGCAGCUUACUUUUACCCUGGACUCAAUGCACGCCGAGGUAUCCGCGAGGACCCUUCGCUUCGCAGACGUCUCUGUCUGCGUGCCUCUGACUACCGUCACCAACGAUCCGUUUUGGAAAACCAACUGGCGGUCAGUGGCCCCCGUGCACAGUGUCUACGGAGGGGCAGAGGCUUUGUAUACUGCGUUCAAUGUAGGCCACGGGGCGACCACUAGCGUGGACGGGCGCGUCGUGUCGUCGUCGCCAUGGCACGACCAAGGUCAGGUGGAUGUGCUGCCUCUGUUGAACAAAGCCAAGUCGCCCAUGCACAUGAACUUGUCGCUGGCCAAAGCAUUCCAAGGCGGGUCCAGUCUCCACCUUUGUGUACGAAAUGUGCACAAUAGUGAUGACAAUGCUGGUCUUGUGUGUUGUUAUAAGCGCUUCAUUGCACAUAUGUAUGUAGGCCACAUUACCUGCAAAAGCUCGGGUCAGUGUCGACUUGUUGCCACUUCAAGUGCACUUUGCCCCUCGAAAGGUCAUACGCGUAGCCUAUUCGUUCCACACGACCAACGACCCGACGUCAUUUGGGCUGGCACUGAACUUGGUGUCGAAAGAUGAGAUCGUGCUGCGAGGCUGGCCGUCGUCACAGUUGACGUCAUCGCCCUUGUCGCAGAUUACGUCAUCGUCCUUGUCGCCGUUGAUUGGCCGAGUCAAACACACGCGCGCGUACGCCCCUGUGUCUGAAACGACCGGUCCCAAUGGAUGGAUUACCCGGGUGUACCAAUUGGGCGGUGCACUCUGGGACGGCCACGUCAUCAAGGGCGUCUCCGUGUUUGGUGUCAACCUCUCAGACGAAAGGACAGAGGAUUGGUCCGUGCAUGUGGGGCAGGUGGUCGUGUGCCCUGUUGCAGCAGACAUGCCAACCUCGUCACACAUGUCCCCGGUGAUUACAGCCAUCCAAAUCGACCCCAUCACGGCCUCGUUGACGUGGACUGUUCCGUCCACGGUGCAAUACACGCACGUUUUCCAAGAAAUGUUGACCUGUCACGAUGAACUCGUCUGGGUUGGAAGCACCAACCAUUCUCGUUGGCAGUUGCCAUCAAAAGCCAAGUCCGACACUACGUUUGUGCUGCAACCUGUGCAUUGGACAGGAGCCGUAGGCCGUCCCCAACGAGUGACGAUAGUACUUGGCGGCGCGGACGACCCUUCAUCCUUCCGACAGACUUGAACAAACCAUGGAAAGGUGUUCAACGUGAUAAAAGAAUCACUAAUAAUAGUUACUAAACAUUUCUCAAUCCAA